ACAUUUGGAAAAUUCGGUCGUGAUUUUUUGCCCAAAUUUCAUUUUUAAACAUACCUAAAUCGUCAAAAAACGUUACAAUGGUCUCCCAACAAAAAAUAUGAGUGUAAUUACCUUAAAACAGGACUAAAUUCUUCUAAAACUUGUACUAGAAAAUCUUCCACUUGUUUAGCUAGGACCCAAACUACUCAGUUAUUUUCCAAAGUGUGCUUGAUUGAAAUUUCCAGAUUGUUUUGUGGGGACGUCGAGAGACAGUUUGAGACAGUUUUUACGAAAGUUGAGGAAAUUUGUGAAAAAUAAGGAAAAUUUGAUUGUCUUUUUUGCGUUGGAAUUAUUUUUUUCGGUGUAAGUGACGAGUUUGAGCCUUAUUAUUUUUGCUAAAUUUCAACUAUAAUUGUUGUUUUUGUACCAAUUGCGACGUAUAUUUUGGGGCCUAAUAGCCCAGAUCAAUUCAAAUUGUGUUUUGCUUUUUCAAAAUUCAAAUAUGGCGCUACAAGACUAGUUCUGCCGAUGUGGGUUUGCAUCUCGGCUUGAAACCAAAACAUAACCUUUUUCAUAACUACGCGACUUUUUUAUGUUAAUGUAAAUAAAAUCGGGUUUUGUUUUAAAAACUGUAUAAAGUUGUGGUUUAGUACGAUAUUAGGGGCGAAUUCGCCGUUUUGCAUUACUGCAAUUUGAAAGUGUGACAUUUGGGGAGAUCCGGGUGUGAGAUUUUGCCCCAAUUUCGGGUUGAAAAUACCCCAAAAUCGUCAAAAACGURACAAUGGCCAACAAGGAAAAAAUAUUGUUUUGUGGGGACGUCGAGGGACAAUUUGAGGCGCUUUURUCUCGAAUUGCGAAAAUUAAUGAAAAACAAGGAAAAUUUGAGAGUCUUUUUUGCGUGGGUAAUUUUUUCGGGAUCAACAAUAAGGAGUUUGAGCCUUACCUAAGGGGGGAGAAAAAGGUACCAAUUGCUACGUACAUUUUGGGGCCCAAUAGCCCCGACCAGGCCAAAUUCUACCCAAAAGAUGACGCAUUUGAAUUGUGUGAGAACGUGUUUUAUCUGCGCUCAAAGGGGCUAUACAUGGACAUCAAGGGGUUCAGAAUCGCCUACAUUAGUGGGCUUGCGGGUACACAAUCCAGCAGUUACGAAUACACAAGCGAAGAUAUCGCAGAAUUGUACAGUAUGUGCGUCAGGGGAAACCCCUGUUUCAGGGGAGUGGAUAUCCUUUUGACGUCACAAUGGCCCACUGACAUCACCAAAAAUGACCUCAAACAAGUGUCUUUAACUGUAAAUAAAACAACAGACUUUGUGAGUUGGUUGGUAAUGAAAUUGAAGCCCCGAUAUCACGUUUGUGGGCUCGAAGGUGUCUACUACGAACGUUCGCCCUUUAGGGCCCCCAAUUUGGGCGACCACGAUACCACUUUAAAUCUAGUUACGCGAUUUGUGGGGCUCGCAAGGGUAAAGAAUCCUAACAAAGAAAAGUGGGUGUAUGCACUAAGUUUGACGCCUUUGAAUAAAAUGAAAAUUAAGGAUUUAUUGCAAAAAACAACAGAUGAGACUGAGUGUCCGUUCGAUUUUGCGGAACUAGAGCGAAAAAUUUUUAAUAAUAAAAGAAAAUCAGUUACGCCAUGCCAGUAUUUCUACGACACGAGUGCGACUGUCGAAACWAUUGAGAGUGGGCCGAGAACAAAAAAACAAAAAAUUGUYUUCGACCAAAGUAAAUGUUGGUUUUGUCUUGCGAGCAAGUCUGUUGAAAAACAUUUGAUAAUAACUGUUGCCAACUCAACUUAUUUGGCUUUGGCUAAAGGAGGUAUCGUUGAUGAGCACUUUUUAAUUUGCCCCAUUCAGCACUACCAGAAUAGUCUCGGGCAGCCCCCGGAAGUGACYCAAGAAAUCGACAAGUUUAAGGAAGCCUUGCGGAAGUUUUACGACCGCAAUGGCAAAGUUGCGGUGUUUUUUGAYCGGAAUUACAAGACUUCGCAUAUGCAAUUGCAGGUUGUGCCUGUGUCCAAGGAGGCAGCAAAGGAGUUGAAGGAGAUUUUUAUUGGCGAAGCUGGCGCUCAUGGUUUUACCUUGGAAGUGUUGGAUUCUAACACUCGGCUGGAUCAAGUCCUCCAAGCCAAUGUCCCCUACUUCACUGUGGAGCUCCCAGAUGGGGCUGUCUUGUACACGAAAAUCAAGGGUAACUUCCCUAUUAAUUUCGCAAGAGAGGUUCUAGUGACCGGCCCGAUUCUCAACUGUCCCCUAAAGUCCGAUUGGCGAACCUGCAUUUUGCAGAAGGAAGAGGAAGAAAUUCUCGUUCAGAGACUGCGCACAGAUUUUGAACCGUUCGAUUUCACGAAUGAUUAGUCUUGUUUCAACACAACAUUUUAUUAUUAUUUGUUACAUUUGACAUUACAAUAAAAAGGUGACAAGUGUCUGAAUAAAACGUGAGAGGGCUAUGACAGUUUCAUGGACGUAUGUCGGGAAUAAUAACGUCAACAUGUYUCAGUUAUCUGUCAAAUUUUUUUCGUUAAAUAUUAAUUAAAACUCAUUUUUGUGUAAAUUAAAUUUUGUCGGUAGUUGAGAUGUACUUCCUACUGUACAGUCGAACAAAAUGAAAAUGACGCCUCAAUAAACCAAUAAAAUUAUCGGAUUGCAAA